AUGACAGUCAUUGACUGGGUCCAAGACUAUGGUGGAUCUCUCCAGGAUUGGGUGCCCAACUCCGAUGGUUCCCGUGACUUGUUGACAGGCCUCCCAGCUGCAAUGAAGAAGCUCCUGGUGACGGUGGCUGCACUGACGCCAGAAGCCAGCUCCGCCUUUAUUCGUCAGGUAGCUUUGUCCGAAGCUUCGGGCAACAGAGGCUUGCAGCCACUUGAUGAUGAUGAGCGCGAGGCCAGGGAUGCGGAAAUCGAGGCAGAGCGGACUGUCAAAGAAGCAGAAGCCGCUCUGCAAGAGAGAGAUGAGAAGCCCAGGCAUGGCAAAAGUCAGCCUCUGUUUGCGACGGUCGCUGCGCUCAGGAUGGAGAAGGGCCUGCCAUACACGGAGUUUGAGCCCAGAUGCAUCAAGCACAUGGAGGAGGUGAGCAGUUCCCUUGCCGACGCCUACGGUGAUGUGCAGGUCAAGCAUCUCCUCACGCAAGAGUGCCGCCUGGAAGCUGAGUUUCCUCGAACUGUCGACACGGGCUUUGAUGAUGUCAAGGAAUGCCUGAAGUUCGCGGAUGAGUUCGCCAAAAGAGAGGACGGGUCUUUCAAACAGUUCUGCAAGCAUUUCUUCGAGGCAUCCGAUCUUCCUGCUGACACGCAGGCGAUAGCCAAGCAGACCGAAACUGCAGCAAAGAAGACUGCAAGGUCCAGCUGGUGGGACAGAGCUUAUCGUGCGCCCAACGUCAUGCGCGAGUCCACUCAGGAUAGUUCCGAGGUCAUUGGAAGCGCCGGGACAUCGAAGGCGCGAGCCAGGCGUGGCUCAACCGAUAAGACGACUGAAAGCGCCGGCAAGCCGAAGACAGCGGCAGAGGAAGGGACAGCAACGUCUCGGCCCGAAGUGGGGAAAUCCACAGAGGAUGCAGAGGGCGCGGGUGAGGACAGUGCAGAAGACACGGGCGAGGCAGCUUAUGAGGCAGCCUUGCGCUCCGGGAAGAGCCCGGAAGAAGCUGCUCGCGUUGCGGCGGAGGCUGCGAGCAAGGUGGCUGAAGACGAGGCUCGUAAGUCGGGCAAAAGCCCCGAAGAAGUGCAGCGGGCAGCAGCUGCCGCGGCUUACAAGGCCGGUGUGUCAAAUGGUAUGAGCAAGAAAGAGGCCGAGGACGCAUCCUCGGAGGCUGCCGAGGACGUCAGUGCCAAAGCCGCGCGUGGCAUUCCUGGGUCGAGCCGUGGGAGUGACAGUGGCGAGGGCAGCGCUGCCUCCACUGACACUCCGGCCACUGCAUCUGCGGAGUCACAGAGAGACGGAGCCUCCGGGGCUGUGGCUCAGCAAUGGGGUUGGUUCCAGUGGCUGUGGAAUCUGUUGUGGCCAGUGCAGACACAGUCGUCAGAGAAGCCGUUCAACAACACGCUGGGGCCAGCGAAGAACAAGACGACAGAGAUUGGCCUUCAGCAAUCUGAUCUGGAGCGUUUAGAUGCCAUUCUUCGCCAAGAGAGGGAUUUCGACGCAGAUGGCAUCGUGGCGAAUACCGAUCGGAAAGAAUACACAUCCGCUUGUGUGGUGCACCUGAAGAAGGUCGGCACGGCCAUCGAUUCAUCCUAUUCCGACCAGCAGGCCCAAGAGGUCUUAGAGUCCCAGUGCUUGCUGGACAAGGAAUUCGUGACGAGGCACGAUUCCUUCGUCAAGACGAAGGAUUGCAAACUGUUUGCCAAGCUGUACAUGAAGGCUCGGAGACAGGAGCUUCUAGGCAGUGAUGCCUCCUACAAGAAGCUUUGUGCUUGGUAUUUCAGCUACAUGGAUCAAGCUUUCGACAAAGACCAUCUGCAGGACUUUGACUCCAUGCUGCUUGAAGGCACCAGGUCUUCCGAAGUCCGGCACCUCCGCCCGCAGCAGACUCAAAGCGCCGACUGA